GGUCGGAGAUCUUCGGGAACGUGAGUGCUAGAGGCGCGCCAGUGGAAACUCUGAGAUUUUCUUUGUAGUGUGCACAGCAUGAAUCAAAUAUUUUCUAUCGCUCGGCAGGCAACUUAGCGGUGAUAAAUUGAAGCGCAAAAUAAGUGCCGCUGACGCCGUCGACGGGUCCCCGCCCCAGCCAAUAGAGCCGGCAACAGAAUGUCGGGCAGACGGACACAAUCGCUCCCGCCGCACAUGCAGGAGCCGCAGAAGCCGGAACGGGGGCGCUGCGUGGCGGCCAUCUGCUUCUCCUGGAAGGUGCUCACCUGCGUCGUCUCGCAUGUAAUGCUGGUGCUUCUGGUUGUCUCGUACUGUGUGGGGGGCGCCUAUUUGUUCCAGCACUUGGAGAAACCGCAUGAGAUCGAAGUAAAACGAGACAUCCAGAACCUGCGAUCCAAUCUAACCGAGAGAAUUUGGUUACUCUCCGAUGAUGCAUCCGUCCUGCGCGAGAACGACUGGAUGGCCAAUGUGAGCAAGCAUUUGGCCAGCUUUGAAAAGCAAAUACUCACAGCCAUCAAGACAAAUGGAUGGGAUGGAGACGAGGACCCCACAAAGUCGCAAUGGACCUUUGCCGGUUCGCUUUUCUACUCGAUCAUAGUGAUUACGACAAUUGGCUAUGGCCACAUAUCACCGCGCACGGAUUGGGGCAAGGUUACAACCAUUUUCUAUGCAAUUGUCGGCAUACCGCUGAUGCUGCUCUGCCUGUCCAACAUUGGAGAUGUGAUGGCCACGUCAUUCCGGUUCCUCUACUGGCGAGUCUGUUGCUAUGUUUGCACUCGAACUGCUAGACGGCCUCGGAACCAACGAUCGCGCCAGCGUUCUGUGCGUUCGCAACGCAACACCUCGCGCUCCCAGCCGCCGCCGUUCCGGCGCUCCAUGAAGCUCACCCAGCGCUCUGCCAACGAUUCGGGCUUUGGCCCGUCCAUGGGUCUGCCGCACGCCUACUCAGAUCCAGACGUGCGAACCUUUGGCCGUGGAGAGUACGAACGUGAUUUUGGCGGUGGUGGUGGCGGUGGCGGCCGUACACGACGGCAACAGCAGCAUCAACAGCCGCGCCACCAUGACCCUGCAUCCUCGCAUCGAGGAGGGAGACACGCAAUUUACGAUGAUGACUACGAGCCGCCGCAGAACACGCAGACGCUCAACCGAAGCAAUCGCUUCAGCAGCCGACAGAGGCAGCGAGACCGCAUGCGCGACAGGCACACUGUGGAACGGGAGCGGUAUUUGGGACACUCCCGCUCGCACAUGGACGACGGUUCCAUUGACGAGUUCAGCGAUAUGCAACCGCCGGCUAAGCGCGCUAUGAGCGCCAGAUCAGUACGUUCGCCACAGCGACACGAUCAUGAGCCCCAGAGUCGUGGGCAGCAGGAUACAAGAGCCACGCGUGAACUGAGUCGCCUGCACUCGCAACCAGGACGUGGGCGCUCUGUCCCAAAUAGUGCGCACGGCCGUGCAAAGUCUGUGGAUCCACGACACUCUGGCCAUUCGGCCUAUUACGAAGAUGUAGACGACGAGCUGGCGCGGAAAACACCAAUCAUUUCUAAUCGCUAUGCACUCGAUGAUUUUGAGUCGUGGGGUCAAGAUGCGGGAGGUGCUGGCAGCGGCGGCAAUCGUUCCAAACAUCCACCACGUAGUCAAUCCAUGCCACGAUCAGCACACCAGCGCCAGCGAGAUAGAGAUCGAUCCCCACAACCGCAGGCGCAGUAUGGAAAUGGACGCAGGCAUAGUAUAGGUCGACAAACCUCUCGCUAUGGCAAUCAACUAGAGCUGCCGGAGUACGAGAAAUCAACUGGAAACCAGCAACGCAACAAACGUGGUCGUUCACCUCGCUACGAUCCCGAGGAGGAAUUCGAUGACAUCUCUCUGUACGACGACUGCGAGUAUAGCGGCGGACACCGAGGUGGUAGAGGGUAUGACGAUCGCCACUACGAGGACCAACCCCCGCGUCGCACAUCACGGCAUCGGGAGCAACGGCGACAGCGUAGAGAACGUUCCGAACGUCUGCCACCCUCCCCUAGGAUCAUGUCGCCCAUGGGCUUCCCAGUGCAACGCCAGAUUCGACGCCGUCCCAGCUACGACUAUGAUGACGACUCCAUGUAUGGAGACGAUGGCGACUAUGGCGAACUUUUGCCAAAGGAUAGACCGGUGCCCAUUUGGCUGUGCGUCUUUCUGGUCGUGAGCUACAUACUCGGCGGGGCAGCUCUCUUCACCACGUGGGAAGAGUGGUCUUUUCUGGACUCGGCUUACUUCUGCUUCAUAACGCUGACCACAAUCGGCUUUGGGGACUUUGUGCCAGCCAAGGGAGUCAAGGAUGAGUCUCAGCAAUCAAUAGCCUACUGUUCACUCUACCUGCUCUUCGGCAUUGCGUUGCUUGCCAUGAGCUUUAAUCUAGUCCAGGAGGAGUUUAUUGCCAAUGUAAAGGAAGUCGCUCGUCGGCUUGGCAUUCUAAAGGAUGAUGAUGAUGACGACGAUUAAUCGGGGACACACGGCUCAAAGCUGACCAACCAUGGACAGAGCUGUUUAUUCUUAAUGAACUACCAAUUCGAUUCUUACAAGUGGCAAUGCAUUGGUUCAGUACAUAGUAUAAAUAUCUCGAUUCGAAAUAAAUGAACCUGAGCUAAUGGUUGUUUAGUUUA